AUGGCGCUCCUUACUCAUCGGUCCCCCGUUCACUAUGGCGAGCAGCAGGCCGCCAUUGAGGACUUUCUGCGCAACUACAAGUCGUCCUCCACCGAGGCAACGGACGCUCUAGAGGGCCUGCAGCUUGAUGGCGAUGACGACGAGUACGAUUUUAUGGACGAGUCGGACGACAAUGGCCCCCAGACGAAUCGCCCUGCGCGCAACCCCAAGCACAAGUACAUGCAGCUUCUGCAUGACGUCGCCGACCGCAGGACGAACCACGUUUUGAUAGAAUUGGAUGACCUGGAUCAGUAUGAGAAGAGUCUCGGCGAGGACAGCCCCAACCUCCGCCUGGUCGAAUCGGUCGAGAAGAACGCCCAUCACUACAUCGAACUUUUUUCGCGGGCAGUCGACAAAGUCAUGCCUGAGCCGACCUCGGAGCCGACCUUCAAGGACGACGUUCUCGACAUUAUCAUGACCCAGCGCGUGAAGCGUAACGAGAGAAUAGAGGAAUACGCCGAUGCAGAAGACGAGGCCACCGCUGCCGACUCUGUCUUCCCGGCGGAACUGACUAGAAGAUACACUCUGAACUUCAAGCCCCUCACUCCCUCCGGAUCGAGCAGCGAGCGCGGCUCCAAGGCAUUAGCGGUUAGGAAUGUGCGCGGUGAGCACAUAGGACACCUCAUCACCGUGCGUGGUAUCGCAACCAGGGUAUCGGAUGUCAAGCCCGCCGUCCAGGUUAAUGCAUACUCUUGCGACCGCUGUGGUUGUGAGAUUUUCCAGCCCGUCACUGCGAAGCAGUUCACGCCGCUUGUCGAGUGUCCUUCGAAGGAAUGCAAGGAUAACAACGCCAGAGGCCAACUGUUCCUCUCCACCCGCGCAUCAAAGUUCAUGCCUUUCCAGGAGGUCAAGAUUCAGGAGAUGGCGGACCAGGUUCCCGUCGGCCAUAUCCCCAGGCAAUUGACGGUCCACGUGCAUGGCGCAAUUGUCCGUCAGAUCAACCCUGGUGAUGUUAUCGAUGUCGCCGGUAUCUUCCUCCCCACCCCAUACACCGGGUUCAAGGCCAUCCGGGCUGGUCUCCUGACCGAUACCUACCUCGAGGCGCAGCACGUCAACCAGCACAAGAAGGCCUACGAUGACAUUGUUCUCGCUCAGCCCACCAUCCGCCGCAUGAACGAACUUGAGAGGUCCGGCCAGCUCUACGAGUAUCUCUCCCGCUCCAUUGCCCCCGAAAUCUACGGACACCUGGAUGUGAAGAAGGCGCUCCUGCUGCAGCUGAUUGGUGGUGUGACGAAGGAGAUGGGUGACGGCAUGCGCAUUCGUGGCGAUAUCAACAUCUGCUUGAUGGGUGAUCCUGGUGUUGCCAAAUCUCAACUUCUCAAGUACAUCACAAAGGUUGCGCCUCGUGGUGUCUACACCACUGGCCGUGGUAGCAGUGGUGUCGGUCUUACCGCAGCGGUCAUGAGAGACCCGGUCACGGAUGAGAUGGUCCUUGAGGGAGGUGCUCUUGUCCUGGCGGAUAACGGCAUGUGCUGCAUCGAUGAGUUCGACAAGAUGGAUGACUCGGACCGAACCGCAAUUCACGAAGUCAUGGAGCAACAGACCAUCUCCAUCAGCAAGGCCGGCAUCACAACCACCCUCAACGCCCGUACCUCUAUCCUUGCUGCUGCUAACCCUCUCUACGGCCGCUACAACCCUCGCAUUUCCCCGGUUGAGAAUAUCAACCUUCCUGCCGCGUUGCUUUCUCGUUUUGAUGUUCUCUUCCUUAUUCUUGAUACCCCAUCCCGCGAUGCCGACGAGGAGCUCGCCCGUCACGUCACACACGUCCACAUCCACAACAAGCACCCCGAGACUGCGGGCAACGGCAAAGGACCGGUAUUCACGCCCAACGAAGUUCGCCAAUGGGUGGCUCGCGCCCGCAGCUACCGCCCGACGGUGCCGCAGGAGGUGUCGGACUACCUGGUCGGCGCCUACGUGCGCAUGCGCCAGCAGCACGCGCGCGACGAGUCGCAGCGCCGCGCCUUCACGCACACGUCUCCUCGCACGCUACUCGGCGUGCUCCGUCUGGCGCAAGCGCUGGCUCGGCUGCGCUUCGCCGAGACGGUCAUCGUCGAGGACGUCGACGAGGCGCUGCGCCUGGUCGAGGUCAGCAAGGCGUCGCUGUACCAGGACGAGCGCGGCCGCGGCGCCGACCAGACGCCGCAGUCGCGCAUCUACCACCUCAUCCGCGCCAUGAAGGAGAGCGGCGUCGCGGCCGUCGUGGACGGCUCGGCGGGCGAGCUGGAUCUGAGGAGGGUGCGGGAGAGGGUGUUGGCCAAGGGCUUCACGGCGGAUCAGUUCGAGGAGGCUAUCGAUGAGUAUGCCAUGCUCGAUGUGUGGCAAACGGCAGGUGAGGGCACGAGGCUUGUCUUUGUCGAGGCGGGGGAUGGUAUGGAUGAGGAUUUGUAA